UCGCUGGCCACAUAUUCCCCUGCAUUGGAGAGCUCAGUUUCCUAACCAGACUCCACAUGCCCAACAACCAGCUCAAUGGCCACAUCACCCAAGACAUCGGGCGGUUGACCCGACUUAGAUAUCUAAACCUUAGCAUGAACUCCUUUGAUGGUAUGAUUCCAGACACCAUAUCUUCUUGUACCCGUCUCGAGGUCUUCAGCUUGGAGAGAAACUCCCUUGAAGAGUACGGCACAGGAAGCAAAAUCUCAACAGCGGGGGAUGUCUAUAGCUAUGGAAUUAUUCUUCUACAGAUGAUGACGGGGAAGCAACCAACAGAUGAUAUGUUCAAGGAUGGUACGAACCUUCACGGAUUUGUGGAAGAAGCACUGCAACAAAAUUUUGGUGACAUUUUAGAACCCAGUCUGACCAAAUAUGAUGAAGGUGGGGAAAGUCUCACAACAGUAAAAAUAACAUGGUUGGUCAAACAGCUGGCUAAACUUGGCCUAAAGUGCUCUGAGACAUCACCGAAGGAUCGGCCAACAAUUAAGGACGUUCAUGAUGAAAUCAUAAGCAUUGAAGAAAUGUUUUCAUCAUUGCACCACUGAGAAAA